CAUCCAUGAUCAUGAACUUGAUGGUUUUUUGCAAGUGGAUCAGGGAGCAUUGCAUCCAGAAACUAACAGGUUGCCUUUGUUAUCUGAAAAUGAUGGUGGUGGGUUAAUGGGUAUGCAUAGAAUUUCUUGUUCAUCAUCUGUCAAUAGCCAUUUUGAGCAAAUGAGUAUGGAGGAUAAACUCUUACUGGAGCUGCAAAGUGUUGGCCUAUAUCCAGAACCUGUGCCUGAUCUCGCUGAUGGAGAUUGUGAAGCUAUUGAUCAAGAUAUUAUUCAAUUACAGAAGGGACUCUUCCAACAGGUCAAUAAAAAGAGAGAGUACUUUAUGAAGCUUACUCAAAGAGUAGAAGAAGGAAGGGAAAUGGAACAACAAGCCCUCGAGCAAGUUGCUAUGGAUAAACUUGUUGAGUUGGCUUAUAAGAAGAAGCUGGCCACCCGUGGAAGUACUGCUGCAAGAAAUGGACUUUCUAAGGUUUCAAGGCCAGUUGCUUUGGCUUUUAUGAAGAGGACUCUUGCUAGAUGCAGGAAAUUUGAGGAAACCGGAGAAAGUUGCUUUUUGGAGCCUGUCUUUAAAGAUGUCCUAUUGGCUGUUCCCAGUCAUGACAAUUAUGCUGGCUCGGUUGCUGCUGUAAAUAUACCGCUUACUCAAAAUUCUCAGCAAGAAUCUGCACCAUCAGGUUUAUUUCCUUGCAAGGAGCAGGAUGUGUUUGGAAAUCUGGAUCAUCCCUCCGACCAGGAUUUUCCCAGGACUGGACCAAUAUUAAACAGAGGGAAGAAAAAGGAACUGCUACUUGAUGAUGUUGGUGCUAGUGCUUCUUUGAGAUCUGCAUCAAUUCAAGCUAAUUGUUUCAUGGGUGGAGCAAAGAGAAAGAGGAGUAAAAGAGAGAGGAGGGACAGAGGCACUUCUGGAAGAAAUUUUGUCACGAAAGGUGGUCGUUCUUCUGCAGGGUAUUCGAGGGGUGAGCGUAAAACAAAAGCAAAACCCAAACAGAAGGCAGCUCAAGUAUCUACUUCUGGAAAUGGAUCUCUUAGCAAGUUGAUGGAAAAUACGAACUCUGAGCAUCAAUUGGCUUGUGGUGGCUCUAAUGAAUUGAUUUCCAUAGAACUUGGUGUAGCUAAUGAAUUCAAUGGGAAUCAAGACCUGGACUUUUGGUCGAACAUUGAAGAGGAUGAUACGGUGGGCCUAGCCAUACCAAUGGAUGAUCUGUGUGAGUUGAACAUAGGUCUAUGA